AUGCAUCAGAAUCGUACAUAUCACUAUGAAAAACAAAGCCGUGGGAAAAAAGAACCUAAACAUGCUGUAGGUUGUAUAAAUCAUUUUAAUCAUCGUGUCUUAUAUUUUUUUUCGUUCUGUUUAAAAAAAUGCCUUCCCGCCAAAGCCAAACUUCAAGACAUGCUUGAAGGAAUAAAACUAAAGGCGAGUUUACGAGGGAAUGAAAAAUGCGAACUUUGUGAUUUGAUUGAAUAG